UGCGGAGCCUGGAAUAUGGUCGGGGAAAUGGAAACGAAGGAGAAGCCGAAGCCCACCCCAGAUUACCUGAUGCAGCUGAUGAACGACAAGAAGCUCAUGAGCAGCCUGCCCAACUUCUGCGGGAUCUUCAACCACCUCGAGCGGCUGCUGGACGAAGAAAUUAGCAGAGUACGGAAAGACAUGUACAAUGACACAUUAAAUGGCAGUACAGAGAAAAGGAGUGCAGAAUUGCCUGAUGCUGUGGGACCUAUUGUUCAGUUACAAGAGAAACUUUAUGUGCCUGUAAAAGAAUAUCCAGAUUUUAAUUUUGUUGGAAGAAUCCUUGGACCUAGAGGACUUACUGCUAAACAACUUGAAGCAGAAACGGGAUGUAAAAUAAUGGUCCGAGGCAAAGGCUCGAUGAGGGAUAAAAAGAAGGAGGAGCAGAAUAGAGGCAAGCCUAAUUGGGAGCAUCUCAAUGAAGACUUACAUGUACUGAUCACUGUGGAAGAUGCUCAAAACAGAGCGGAGAUCAAACUGAAAAGAGCCGUUGAGGAAGUGAAGAAAUUACUGGUACCUGCAGCAGAGGGAGAAGACAGCCUGAAGAAGAUGCAGCUGAUGGAGCUUGCAAUUCUGAAUGGCACCUACAGAGAUGCCAACAUUAAAUCACCAGCCCUUGCCUUUUCUCUUGCAGCAACAGCCCAGGCUGCUCCAAGGAUUAUCACUGGGCCUGCGCCUGUUCUCCCACCAGCUGCCCUGCGUACUCCUACGCCAGCUGGCCCUACCAUAAUGCCUUUGAUCAGACAAAUACAGACCGCUGUCAUGCCAAACGGAACUCCUCACCCGACUGCUGCAAUAGUUCCUCCGGGGCCCGAAGCUGGUUUGAUCUACACACCCUAUGAGUACCCCUACACGUUGGCACCAGCGACAUCCAUCCUUGAGUAUCCUAUUGAACCUAGUGGUGUAUUAGGUGCGGUGGCUACUAAAGUUCGAAGGCACGAUAUGCGUGUCCAUCCUUACCAAAGGAUUGUGACCGCAGACCGAGCCGCCACCGGCAACUAACCUAUGACCUUCUGACCUCUGAACUCUUCACCCAAUGAUGACCUGACCAUGCCUGCCUGCUGAUCAGUUAACUGGUAAUCGCCUUUGCUUGCCUGUCGUCAGU